CACCCAGUCUGCAGCGGCUCCACCCUCCUGCUGUACCCACCGAGCCUCAGUCCUCCAGCGGAUACUGAGGUCCGAGUCACCCGGGGGGCAGCAUCCAGACUUCCAGAGCGACAGCAGAAGCAGCAGAACCGCGGACACCGCCAUGGCUCUGACCGAAGACCCGACCUUCCAGAAGCUGCAGCAGUGGUUCAAGGCGAACGGCGGCGGCCUGAACAUGCGGGCGAUGUUCGACGGAGACCCGGAGCGGUUCAACAAGUUCAGCACGACUCUGAAGACGGACGACGGAGAAAUUCUGCUCGACUACUCCAAGAACCUGAUCACACAGGAGGUCAUGGACAUGCUGGUCGCCAUGGCCAAGGCGAGGGGCGUGGAGGAGGCUCGAGAGAAGAUGUUCUCUGGAGAGAAGAUCAACUUCACUGAGGGUCGUGCCGUGCUCCACAUCGCUCUGAGGAAUCGAUCCAACAAACCGAUUAUCGUCGACGGAAAAGAUGUGAUGCCGGAAGUGAACCGAGUUCUGGACAAAAUGAAAGCCUUCUGCCAGAGGGUACGUAGCGGGGACUGGAAAGGUUUCAGCGGUAAAAGCAUCACUGACGUCGUGAACAUCGGCAUCGGAGGAUCUGACCUGGGACCCCUGAUGGUGACGGAGGCUCUGAAGCCCUACUCAGCCGGAGGACCAAACGUCUGGUUCGUCUCCAACAUAGACGGGACUCACCUGGCCAAGACCUUAGCUCACCUGAAUGCAGAGACGACGCUCUUCAUCAUCGCCUCCAAGACCUUCACCACCCAGGAGACCAUCACCAACGCAGAGUCAGCCAAAGACUGGUUCCUGCAGACGGCCGGAGACAAAUCCGCCGUGGCCAAACACUUCGUGGCUCUUUCCACCAACGCGGUGAAAGUGAAGGACUUUGGCAUCGAUACAGAAAACAUGUUCGAGUUCUGGGACUGGGUGGGAGGUCGUUACUCUCUGUGGUCGGCCAUCGGUCUGUCCAUCGCCCUGCACAUAGGCUUUGAGAACUUUGAGCAGCUUCUGGCUGGAGCUCACUGGAUGGACAACCACUUCCGAGGUUCCCCUCUGGACCAGAACGUUCCUGUCCUGCUGGCUCUGCUGGGUGUUUGGUACAUCAACUUCUUCCAGGCUGAGACUCAGGCUCUGCUGCCCUACGACCAGUACAUGCACCGCUUCGCCGCCUACUUCCAGCAGGGCGACAUGGAGUCUAACGGGAAGUACAUCACUAAAGAUGGCAGCCGAGUCAACCAUCACACCGGACCAAUAGUCUGGGGAGAACCAGGAACCAACGGACAGCACGCCUUCUACCAGCUCAUCCACCAAGGAACUCGAAUGAUUCCUGCCGACUUCCUCAUUCCUGCUCAGUCUCAGCAUCCAAUCAGAGACAGCCUCCACCACAAGAUCCUGGUGGCUAACUUCCUGGCUCAGACCGAAGCUCUGAUGAAGGGAAAGACUCCAGACGAGGCCAGGAAGGAGUUGGAGGCAGGAGGCCUGAAGGGAGAAGCUCUGGAGAAGCUGCUGCCUCACAAAGUCUUUGAGGGAAACAAGCCGAGCAACUCCAUCGUCUUCAAGAAGCUCAGUCCGUUCACACUGGGAGCUCUGGUUGCCAUGUACGAGCACAAGAUCUUCGUUCAGGGCGUCAUCUGGAACAUCAACAGCUACGACCAGUGGGGGGUGGAGUUGGGGAAGCAGCUGGCGAAGAAGAUCGAGCCGGAGCUGCAGGACGCCUCAGAGGUUUCCUCCCACGACUCGUCCACCAACGGACUCAUCAACUUCCUGAAGAAGAACUUUGCAUAAGCCCCGCCUCCUCCUCUGUGAUUGGCUGAAGGGUGUUACCCAGUCUUUACCUGUACCUGCACUGCCCCGCCUCCUGUUCUGUGAUUGGCUGAGAUGUUACGAGUGUUCACCUGUAGACGAACCUGAAUGGAAACAUGUUGCUUUGACACGUCCACAUUCCUGUAGGUGGAAACACACCUAGCCUGUCAGAAUAAAAGCCUGUUGGUCAAAAUAAAAGCCUGUUGGUCACUGAA